AUGGUGCUGCUCUGCGGUCCUGCUACAGCAUGGCUGGCCCUGGUCCUGGCCCUGGUGUGUCCAGGCGAGGCCGCGCCACCGAAGGACUGCACGGGCAUCGAGUGCCCGCUGCUAGAGAACUGCAUUGAGGAGGCGCUGGAGCCAGGUGCCUGCUGUGCCACCUGUGUGCAGCACGGCUGUGCCUGUGAGGGCUACCAGUACUACGAUUGCCUGCAGGGUGGCUUCCUGCGCGGCCGCGUGCCUGCUGGCCAGUCCUACUUCGUGGACUUCGGCAGCACCGAGUGCUUCUGCCCACCAGGCGGUGGCAAGAUCAGCUGCCAGUUCAUGCUGUGCCCGGAGCUGCCGCCCAACUGCAUCGAAGCUGUGGUGGCCGCAGACAGCUGCCCACAGUGCGGCCAGGUGGGCUGUGUCCACAUGGGCCGCAAGUAUGCUGCCGGCCACACUGUCCACCUGCCGCCCUGCCGGGCCUGCCACUGUCCUGACACGGGCGGCGAGCUCAUCUGCUACCAGCUGCCUGGGUGCAACGGAGACGCUAAGGCCCUGCCAGCCGCCACCGUCACCACCGGGAACUUCUCAGACACCGAGGAGGGUGACGCCGGGCGGCACUAUGAAGACCCCUACAGCUAUGACCAGGAGGUUGCCGAGGGUGAGGCGGUGGAGGCAGCGACCUUGGCGGGUGAGCUCCAGGCAGGCGCAGGGGCCCCGGCUGCUCUGGAAGGCGGGGGUCAGCCCCUGUCUGCCAUCCACGCGACACCCUGGCCAGCUGCCCUCCCCAGGCCCACAGCAGCUGCUGCGCUGGGUCCCCCGGCCCCUGUUCAGGCCAAAGCCAGGAGAGUGACUGAGGACAGCGAGGAAGAAGAGGAGGAAGAAGAGGAGGAGGAGGAGAGGGAAGAAAGAACUGUCAUGGAGCAGCUGGCAGCAGGUGGCCUGAAGGGGCUGGACGGGCCACCCAAUGCAGGCCCAGCCGAGCUGGGUCUCCCAGUCCAGGAGGUGGGAGCGGAAGCAAGGGCAGGGCCUGAAGAGAACCUCAUCCCCGACGCUCAGCCCACCACCCACAGCGCAGGGCAGGAGGGAGCCAGGCCUGCACUGGCAUCUGGCAUAGCAGGUCCUGUCCCCACGCUGGGUGCUCCUGGAGACCUGACCAAGCCCAGCGUCCACACCACCCUGAGCACGCCACUGCGGGAGGUAGCCCAGGACCUCCCAACCCAGGAGGUGCCCAAGCAGCCGAAGAUUCUGUCCCGUCCCCGGGCAGAGGAGGACACAGACCCCAACUCUGUCCAUUCUGUCCCCAGAGGCAGCCCUGAAGUCUCCACCAAGGACCUGAUUGAAACGUGCUGUGCAGCCGGGCAGCAGUGGGGCAUCGAUAAUGACGAAUGCAUGGACAUCCCUGAGAGUGGUGCGGAGGAUGAUGUCUGCAGGAUAGCUCAGAAGCACUGCUGCAUCUUCUACUUGAAGGAGAAGACCUGCAUGGCUGGCGUCCUGGCAGCCAAGGAGGGUGAGGCCUGUGGGGCCGAGGACAAUGACACCUGUGGCAUCUCCCUGUAUAAGCAAUGCUGUGACUGCUGUGGCUUGGGACUCCGCGUACGGGGCGAGGGCCAGUUGUGCCAGUCCAACCCGAACCUGGGCUACCCCUGCAACCAUGUCAUGCUCUCCUGCUGUGAGGGCGAAGACCCCCUCAUUGUGCCGGAGGUCCGCAGGCCUCCGGAGCCCGCAGCCAUACCACAGAGAGUUUCAGAGGCAGAGGUGGGUGCCCGGGAGGCCCUGUCGCUGGACACAGAGGCUGAGCUGCCCAACAGCUUGCCGGGCGACGACCAGGACGAGUGCCUGCUCCUCCCGGGGGAGCUGUGCCAGCACCUCUGCAUCAACACCGUGGGCUCCUACCUCUGUGCCUGCUUCCCUGGCUUCUCGCUGCAGGGUGAUGGCCGCACCUGCCGUCCAGAUCAUGAUCCCCCAAAGCCGGAGGCUGCGGCAGAGUCUGCAGCGAGGCCACAAUCACUCCCAGUGGCCCCCAACACAAUCCCACUACCCCUGCCACAACCCAACACCUGCAAAGACAACGGGCCCUGCAAGCAGGUGUGCAGCAUCAUUGGGGACACAGCCGUGUGCUCCUGCUUUCCUGGCUACUCCCUCAUGGCCGAUGGCGUGUCCUGUGAAGACCGAGACGAGUGCCUGCUUGGUGCUCAUGAUUGUAGCCGGCGGCAGUUCUGUGUGAACACCCUGGGAUCCUUCUACUGUGUCAACCACACAGUGCUGUGUGCGGAGGGCUUUAUCCUCAACGCGCACAGGAAGUGCGUGGACAUCAACGAAUGUGUGACUGCUCUGCAUACGUGCAGCCGGGGCGAGCACUGCGUGAACACAAUGGGCUCCUUCCGCUGCUACAAGGCCCUCACCUGUGAGCCGGGUUACGCCAUCACAGACGGCGAGUGCACAGAUGUGGACGAGUGUGCACUGGGCACGCACAACUGCCAGGCGGGCCUCACGUGCCAGAACACCAAGGGCUCCUUCUACUGCCAGGCUCGGCAGCGCUGCAUGGAAGGCUUCCUUCAGGACCCUGAGGGCAACUGUGUGGACAUCAACGAGUGCACGUCGCUGUCCGAGCCUUGUAAGCCGGGCUUCAGCUGCAUCAACACGGUGGGUUCCUACACGUGCCAGAGGAACCCACUGCUUUGUGGGCGCGGCUACCACGCCAGUGAAGAUGGCACCAAAUGUGUGGACGUGAACGAGUGUGAGACAGGUGUGCACCGCUGCAGCAACAGCCAGGUGUGCCACAACCUGCCCGGCUCCUACCGCUGCGACUGUAAACCCGGCUUCCAGCGUGAUGCCUUUGGCCGGGCCUGCGUUGACAUAAAUGAGUGCUGGGCUUCCCGGGGUGUCAUGUGCCAGCACACCUGUGAGAACACGCCUGGCUCCUACCGGUGCUCCUGCGCCUCCGGCUUCCUGCUGGCCGCCGACGGCAAGCACUGCGAAGAUGUAAACGAGUGUGAGUCCCAGCGCUGCAGCCAGGAGUGUGCCAACAUCUACGGCUCCUACCAGUGCUACUGCCGCCAGGGCUACCAGCUGGCCGAGGAUGGGCAUACCUGCAGAGACAUCGACGAGUGCGCGCAGGGCGCCAGCAUUCUCUGCACCUUCCGCUGCCUCAACGUGCCCGGGAGCUACCAGUGUGCGUGUCCAGAGCGGGGCUACGCUGUAACAGCCAACGGGAGGUCCUGCAAGGAUCUGGAUGAGUGUGCGCUCGGCACCCACAACUGCUCUGAAACUGAGACCUGCCACAACAUCCAGGGCAGCUUCCGCUGCUUGCGCUUUGAGUGCCCGCCAAACUACGUCCGUGUUUCUGAAACGAAGUGUGAGCGGACCACGUGCCACGACCUGAUGGAGUGCCAGAACUCGCCAGCGCGCAUCACGCACUACCAGCUCAACUUCCAGACGGGCCUCCUGGUGCCUGCGCACAUCUUCCGCAUCGGCCCGGCACCUGCCUUCACGGGGGACACCAUCUCCCUGACCAUUACCAAGGGCAAUGAGGAGGGCUACUUCGGCACACGCCGGCUCAACGCCUACACGGGCGUCGUCUACCUGCAGCGCUCCGUGCGCGAGCCCCGAGACUUCGCCCUGGACGUGGAGAUGAAGCUGUGGCGACAGGGCUCGGUCACCACCUUCCUGGCCAAGAUACACAUCUUCUUCACCACCUUUGCCCUGUGAGGCUGGCCACCCUGAAGGCCACCGAGGCCUCGGGCCCCUGUAGUAGCCCCAUGCUGUGUGCCCUGGGCUGCUGCCCUCACUGCACUGGGCAAGCUCUCUUUUCUGUUUCUAAACCACACAGGUGGGGUUGGGUUAUUAUUGUGGUGGUUUUUACUAUAACUUUGUAAAUUAACUUAAUUUUGCUGACUUGAUUCCUCUUGGGUUCCUGGGCCUCUCGCAUGCCCCACACGGAGGGAGUUGGCAGUGGGUCGUGUGUUUAGUUGUGUGCUGAGUGGAGCUUUGACGAUGGCUUCGAGGUCACUGCCCAGGCCCUGCAGGUGGAGUUGAAAACCCAGGCUGGGUGACUACUGCAGAAAGGAAACAAACUACCACGCUGGGGCUUUCAGACUCAACUGGAUGACCUGUCCCAAAGUGGACAUUUCGUUUCAUCUUCCACUGUGAUUAGUUCUUUACCUUUUUAAACAAAUCAUUGUCAUUUUUUUUUUCUGUUUUUUGUUUUAACUAUAAAUGUAGCACAUGUGCAUUGUAAAAAAAAAACAAAGUAAAAACCUCAU